GCGGGUGGCGGCCGUGCCGGGGGGUGAGCCCGCAGAGACGGCCGCCGGCGAAGGGGCGGCCGGGAACCCGGCGGGCCGGGAGCCGUCUCAUCCGCAGUGAGGCGCCGGGAGCCGGAGCCGCCGCUUAGCGGUGCCGCGCGGAGGUUCCGGGCUCCUUGCGGGGAGCCGCGGGGCGGAUCUCCGGGCCGCCUCGAGCGGCGAUACCCAGCCGCGCCGGGCGGGCCGGAGGCGGCGAGGAACGCUCUCGGUACCCGGCGUCCUCUCCUUUUGUGUGGGGCCGCGUUCGCGCUCCGAGAGGGACGAGCGGGGCCGCCGGCGGGCGCUGCGUCCGUUCGUCUGCUUGUGCGUGCGGGGUGAGAUGGACCUGGAGGGCCGGAAGGGAGACGGACCCACUCUCCGCGAGGACGAGACUGGCUAAUGCAAAGAUCCCUAGCGGUGCCCGUAUUACACAGCCAGGCGGUGCUGGCUAAAUGCCAGCUGCCCUGUGGAUCUGCGGGCUCGCGCUUGGUGUGCUCCGGCGCAAGACUCAACUAAAAACGCAUUUCACCCAGUGCAAAAUACACAAAAUAACAAAACAGUUGUUACUGUAACAUUAACGGGCUCCAAAACAAGAGAAAAGAGCCUGCUUCUGCGCAGCCUAGAAGUUGAGAUGUUGCUUUUCAAAGGGAUAAAAGUUUUUUGGAUGUCACACGCGACGCACUGAGCUGUCUGUAGCUGCAUUGGGAGCGAGGUGGAAAUCCUUGACUGGAAGACAAAGGAACAAUUAUGCUUCUUAGAUAAGGUGGAACCAAAUGCUACAAUUAGGGAGAUAAGAUCAAUGUUCCAUAAAUUAUAUCCCCAGUGGUAUCCAGCAAGACAGUCAAUAAAACUUGAUCCAAAAGGAAAGUCCCUGAGGAAUGAGGAAAUCCUGCAGCACCUCCCUGUUGGCACAACUGCUACUUUAUACUUUAAAGAUUUAGGGCCACAGAUAGGAUGGACUACGGUAUUUUUGAUAGAAUAUACAGGUCCAUUGUUCAUCUAUUUUCUGUUUUAUUUCCGCAUGCCUUUUGUGUAUGGACUGGAUGAGAGGUUUACAUCAAGCCCACAUCCAGUAGUUAACUUGGCAUGUAUCUGCCAUUCUUUCCACUACAUCAAAAGGUUGAUUGAAACAAUAUUUGUUCAUCGGUUCUCCCAUGGGACUAUGCCACUGAGGAAUAUUGUGAAGAACUGUUUAUAUUACUGGGGAUUUGCAGCUUGGCUUGCUUAUUACAUCAAUCAUCCUCUUUACACUCCUCCUUCUUAUGGGAAAAAACAGAUUAAUUUUGCUGUGAUCAUGUUUCUGCUAUGUGAAGCUGGAAAUUUUUCCAUUCAUGUUGCACUUAGUGACCUCCGGAGAGAUGGGUCCAAAACUCGUAAGAUCCCGUAUCCAACAAAGAAUCCUUUCACAUGGCUGUUUUUCUUUGUAUCUUGCCCUAACUAUACCUAUGAGGUGGGGACAUGGAUCAGUUUCACUAUCAUGACUCAAUGUGUUCCAGUGGGGCUGUUCACCUUGCUUUGCUUCAUUCAGAUGACAAUCUGGGCAAAGGAUAAACACUAUACCUACCUACGAGAAUUCAAGGAUUAUCCAAGUGUUCGAAUGCCAAUUAUUCCUUUUUUAUUGUAAGAAAAGUUUGGUUUCAAUACUGCAUGGAACUUCAAGAAGAAAAAGCUCAUGGAUUUUUCUUAUUCAUAAAUCUCCUGCCAAAUAAUUGAAUUAAUUGAAGCGAUUCUGGUGUAUGCUAACUCUCCGCUGCUGAGGGAAACAAUACACCUGAAAACUAUACUUCCUUAUAUUCAAGAAUUCUUCAAUUCAGAAGCACCUUCAAAAAAUAAGGCUUCAUUGCAGAGCUGGUAGCCAAAAGCCCGUAUAGCUCCACUGCAACCUGACUGACUGAGAUUUCCGUGCACUAGUCUAUUUAGAUUGAUACAUCAGAGAUACUGAUAAGCUUGUUCUGAAAAGCAGCUCCAAAUUUAGCAGUGGCAUUCUGCAAGACUGUGACAUAAAUACAUUGGAAUGAGGACACAGCAGCCAACUACAAGAAAGCUCAACUCAUACAGUAUGGCCAGCUGGCCUGAAGACAGUUGCAUGUUUUGCCUUCUUUGACUUGAAAAAGAGAGUGUUCUGCCUGGAGGCAGGGACUUUGUGACAAACAACAUUACCAAAGAAAAUGAAUGGCUCCUGGAAUAAUGAAUUGGGCAGUCUCUCAAACACCUGCUUUGGGUCUAAGCUAUAAUUUGCCAAUUGGAUCUAAAGAAAGAAGAAUUUGUGGAUUUAACAUCCAUCCUGUGAAUAUAUAGGGGUGUUUAUCCUGUUUUGUUUUUAAUAUUUUUAAUUAGUAAAUUGCAUACUGACAAAUAAGGUUCACAGUAUCUGAUCUAUGCCGUAUCCAUGAUAUUUGGCCUGUUUCAUAUAAUAAGUCCUUAACAUAUUCUAAAAGAUCCUAGAGGACAUUUAACCUUGUAUUUUUUGUCAGAAUUCUCUGAAUAAUUUCAGUGUACUCUGUGAAUACAUAAAGUACUGCUAACAUUCAGAAUGGUAGUUCCCUUCCUAUUUUCAGAGCCAGGGAGAAAAAUCCAGACAUUCUGAACUUCCUGUGUUUUCUUUUUCACAAGAUGUUCAGUGGGAUUUAGUCGGGUUUUGUGCAAAUCUAGUAAAAAAAAAUAUAAAAUUAUGACUGCAAUAUAUCUGAAUGAUAUUUUGAAGAAACUGUUUCAGAAUAUGAAGAAAAUGUGUAGAUACUGUUUUGUUUCAUGAUUAAUUUAUUUAUUAUAAUGGAUGUAUAGAAAGAUUUUGCAACUGUUUGUAAGGGUGAAAUCUACAAUAAAUUCUAGACUAUGUUUUGAAUUCAAUUGAAAUAACUAUGGCAAAAGAGGAAGAUUACAGCUGGUUGCCACAAUUUCAUAAUUAUUUGUAAAGUACAAAGGAAGAAUGUCCUUGCAUCAAGUAAGACCUAUAUAAAUUGAACAAAAAACUAAAAAAGCAAAAUACGUGACCCACCUUUUAUUUCUGUAUAGCACGUGUUGGAGUUCUUUUUUUUAAAAAAUGGAAUAAUUUCUUAGAUAAGUGAAACAAUACGUAAUUGUGAAUGUGCUUGCAAUACUGUUAUUUUAUAUUAGUUCAAUGGUGAACCAGAGAAAAGAGCUAAAUGGCAAAUGAUUUCCCAUCAUGGAGUACAAGCAGGCUGAAACUUUCUGAGCACAGAGAAAUCAUAAUCUAUUCACACUUUACACCCACUUGAGGUCCAGGUCAAAGGAAAGAAGAAAAGUUUGGUCUUGUUUGGCUGGUUUAGAUGUACUAUUUUGUUUAAAUCCCAAUUUGAUACUCUGCUUCCUUUUCUGAACUUGAAGAUCAGUGAGUAUUAGGUCAUUUUCAUUAAGCAAACUUCUUGCCUUGAUCUGAGAUGGGAAUGAAUUCUUCCCAUUCUUGUUGAGACAAGUUUGUUUCCAACGGCAAGAAUGAAAAAUAAGAGUUAACCGAGAAAAUCCUACUGGCUGGAAAGGACUGGCUAGAGAGACUCUUUUUAAUUCUCUUUACAUGUCAACAAGGAGGAAUGAAGCUUCUAUUCUUUUAUACUUUACAUUAGAGAAAGAUUUUUUUUCCUGGAACAAGUACCUGGUUUUCUUUAGAUGCUUUCAGAUUCUCUUUAGAUGCUUUCAGCAUGUGUUGUAUGUAAUAUUCCUGGUAGAGCAGCAGAAGUUUGCCAUUGCUAGGGACUUAUAAGCACACUUCUCAGAAAGUUACAGAAAGUCAGAAUAAUACUGGGCAUGGAAGCCUUUCUUUUACCUU